UUGGUACUCGUUAGGGUCUUUUGCUUGAAAUGGCCAGAGUAAUUUCGUGCCCGGCCUCAUCGCUUAUAAACUUCACUUAUCGUUCAGAACUUGGAGGCUGUGACUUUCUGAAAUUUGUUGGGAAAUUAAGAGACUAUGGAUAGUUUCCAUGGGAUUUUGUUGGUCGCAGUUGUAACUUUUGCUAUAAUUCACUUUGUUCAAGCUCAGGAUGAAGGGUUUAUCAGUUUGGAUUGCGGGUUAUCUCCGAACGAACCGUCUCCUUAUACCGAAUCUGCAACUGGAUUACAGUACACAUCAGAUUCAAACUUUAUCCAAACUGGAAAAAUUGGUAGGAUUCAGAGAAAUCUUGAAGCAAAUUACCUAAAGCCCCAGAUGACGGUCAGAUACUUUCCAGACGGAAUACGCAACUGUUAUAAUAUUACGGUGAUGCAAGGAACCAACUAUCUAAUCAGAGCUAGAGCAAUAUAUGGGAAUUAUGAUAGUCUUAACAUUUAUCCUAAGUUUGACUUGUACAUAGGCCCUAACUUCUGGGCAACAAUAGACAUUGGAAAAUAUGUAAACGGUACAAGGGAGGAAAUCAAUUACAUCCCUAAAUCAAACAUUUUAGAUCUAUGUCUUGUUAAGACAGACGAUACUACACCAUUUAUAUCGACCUUCGAGAUAAGACCUCUGCCAAAUGAUAGUUACAUCACCACAUCUGGUCCGUUGAAGAUGUUUUCGCGGUAUUAUUUAACGGAUUCAGAAGACUAUCUAAGGUACCCUGUGGAUGUCUAUGAUAGAAUAUGGAAUUCAUACACUGAGACAGACUGGAAGCAGAUAUCCACUAGUCUUACAGUGAACACUUCCAAUAGUUUCCGUCUUCCUCAGGAUGCUCUCAAAACCGCUGCAACACCGGUGAAUGCGAGUGCACCGUUGAUAGAUAUCGAGUAUCCGGAUUCCUCUAAUGAUAAAGUUUACAUUUACCUUCACUUUGCUGAGGUUCAAGUCUUAAAGGCCAAUGAGACUAGAGAGUUUGAAAUUUCUGUGAACGGAGAAUCCCUUGACGACUCCUAUAGGCCUUUAUAUCUGCAAUCAGAAACGGUACAAACUCCGUCUCCAAUUAUUUGCGAAGACAAAGAAUGCGUCGUUAAGCUGACAAAAUCAGGGAAGUCUACACACCCACCUCUGCUUAACGCCGUCGAAGGUUUUGCGGUUGUAGAUUUUCUACAAUCUGAAUCAGAUGAAAAUGAUGUGAUCGCUAUUAAAAACAUCAGAGCCGUCUAUGGAGUGAAUAAAGUGUCAUGGCAAGGUGAUCCAUGUGUUCCUAGGCAGUUUUUGUGGGAUGGUCUAAAUUGUAGUAGCACGGAUAAGUCUACACCAUCAAGAAUCACUUCAUUAAACUUGUCUUCAAGCGGGUUAACGGGAACUAUAGACGCUGGAAUUCAAAAUCUAACACACCUAGAAAAAUUGGACUUGUCAAAUAAUAGUUUGACUGGAGCAAUCCCCGAAUUUCUAGCUAACAUGAAAUCAUUGUUGAUCAUAAAUUUGAGCAAGAACAAUUUGAAUGAUUCAAUUCCACAAGCUCUUCUCAAUAGAGAAAAGGAAGGACUGAAAUUAAUUGUUGAUGGACAUGGGAUAAAUCAAUGUCUGCCUGGUUCAUGUGCCCCAAAAAAGAAUUUUCCAGUGAUGAUUGUUGCACUGGUUGCUACAGCGGUGGCGGUAAUAAUCGUAGUGGUGAUGAUUCUCGUUUGUGUGUUAAGAAAGAAAAAGACAUCAAGUCAUGUGGAAGCUAAUACCCCUUCAGUAAUUACGCCGCGGGCGAACUUCACACACACUAGUAUGUCAGAGACAUCAAUCGAGACAAAAGAAAGAAGGUUUAGUCAUACAGAGGUUAUACAAAUGACAAACAAGUUCGAAAGAGCUCUAGGCGAAGGAGGGUUUGGUAUCGUUUAUCAUGGAUAUAUAAACGGUUCACAGCAAGUAGCUGUUAAAGUACUUUCUGAAUCAUCAUCACAAGGCUAUAAACACUUCAAAGCAGAGGUUGAACUUCUAUUAAGGGUUCACCACAUAAAUUUGGUAAACCUUGUUGGGUAUUGUGAUGAACGAGGUCACUUGGCUCUCAUCUACGAAUACAUGUCCAAUGGAGACUUAAAAGAACAUUUGUCAGGAAAACGCGGUGGCCCUUUGAAUUGGAGUACUCGAUUACGAAUAGCUGCUGAUGCUGCACUAGGAUUGGAGUACUUACAUACUGGGUGCCAACCAUCAAUGGUGCACAGAGAUGUCAAAUGUACGAACAUAUUGUUGGGAGAGCAGUUCUCAGGCAAAAUUGCAGAUUUUGGUCUUUCAAGAUCUUUCCAACUCGGAGAUGAAUCCCAUGUUUCAACCGUUGUUGCGGGUACUCCUGGAUAUCUUGACCCUGAAUAUUACAGAACAGGUCGGUUGGCGGAAACUAGUGAUGUCUAUAGUUUUGGGAUUGUAUUAUUGGAGAUUAUCACAAACCAACGUGUGAUUGAUCAAACCCGCAAAAAGUCCCACAUAACAGAAUGGACGGCAUUUAUGCUUAAUAGAGGAGAUAUUACUAGGAUCAUGGAUCCUAACCUCCACGGUGAUUACAACUCUCGUUCUGUUUGGAGAGCUCUUGAAUUGGCUAUGUUGUGCGCAAACCCUUCUUCAGAAAAUAGACCAAGCAUGUCCCAAGUUGUUAUCGAACUGAAAGAGUGUCUUACUUCUGAAAAAUCGAUGAAAGGUAAGAAUCAAGACACAGACUCUCAUAGUUCCUUUGAAAUGAGCAUGAGCUUUGACGCAAAAGCUGUGCCUAGUGCAAGGUAGUAUUUUGCAAAGAAGCCUU